CCCCAUUUUCCAGCCUCCUCCUCCAUUUGUGUCUCUGUCUUUCUCUCUCUAUAUUCACUUUUCUCUCUCUAUAUAUCUCUAUCUCCGCCCCUUUAGCCCCUUUUGUAUUGUGUGUGUAUGUAUGACGAAUUCUUAAGAGAAAGACAACAAAGACUCAGUCAGAUACAAAAACAAAAAACAAAAAAAAGAGAUAAAGGGGUAAGAGAAGAAGAAGAUGGGGGUGUUAAUUUGGACCAUUGAUUUCCCUUCUUCUCUCUUCUUUGUUGCUCCUGCAGUUUUAAGGUAUUCUUCCAAAAUCACUUCAGAUUUGGUACUUUUCUUGGGUUUUGGCUUCAUUGAUUGGUAAUAUACUAUACAUCCACUAUAUUUACACCUUUUGUUAUUAAAAAAAAAAGUAUACUAUAUAGUGAUAAAGAUUCAAUUUUUAUAUUGUUUGUGUUGGAAAAAAAAAGCCUAUGCGCUUUUACAGAGUUGAUUUUCUUGGAUUUGGGAUUUUGUCAUCUAUGUAUAAAUAGGGAUUUUUUGUUCCUAAAAGUUCAUUCUUUUGUUGCAUAAGAAUUUGGGGUUGUGUGGGAUUUCCCUUUUUUUGGUAUUUUGCUGAUUUUCCAAUCUGGGGUUUUUGUUUGUUUCAGUGGUGGAAUAAGUUUUGAUAUAGGUUUGUUGUUGUUAGAGAACUUUAGUAUAGUUGUUGUGUUUGUAAAGAUUUAGUCUUUUUGUUCAAGUAGUUGUUCUGGUUUGUUAGUUUUGAAGUUUGUCAUUAGCAAUUGUUUGUCUCCCAAAGAAAAGGAAUUGUGAAAUAGGAGAUACUGUUUGGUGUUGUAUUGGCUGUCGAUGGAGAAUCAUCAUCCUUCGACUCGUUUGUCCAUGGAUUCGAGUGCAUCUUCUUCACAUGAUGAAUUAGACCUCGAGAUGAGUAGACAAGUAGUCAUAACUUGUCCACCUGAUAUUAAUUUGCCUUUAUCAGCUGAGCGUAGCCCUCCUCCGCAGCCAUGGAACUCAGAACAUUGUGAUAUUCUUGAUGUCGGGCUUGGGACACAGGUAUAUGAGACUGAAAGUUCUAUUAGUGCAUCUAAAGUUGGAAGGAAAUGUGCGAAACGUUUGGAUAGUAUUUGGGGUGCUUGGGUUUUCUUUAGCUUUUAUUUUAGGCCUGUGUUAAAUGAGAAAUCGAAGGCAAAGAUGGUAAGGGAUAGUAAUGGAUAUUCCGGGUUUGAUAAAUCUGAUCUCCAGCUUGAUUUGUUCAUGGUUCAGCAUGACAUGGAGAACCUGUAUAUGUGGAUUUUCAAGGAAAGGCCUGAGAAUGCACUCGGUAAGAUGCAGCUUCGGAGUUACAUGAAUGGGCAUUCUCGUCAAGGGGAGCGUCCGUUUCCCUUUAGUGCUGACAAGGGUUUUGUUCGAUCUCAUAGAAUGCAGAGGAAGCACUACAGGGGGCUAUCGAAUCCUCAGUGUAUUCAUGGUAUUGAGGUUGUUUCAUCCCCCAGUCUUUUGGUUCUUGAUGAAGAGGAGCGCAAAAGAUGGAUGGAACUCACAGGUAGGGAACUCAACUUCAGUAUCCCACACGAAGCUAGCGAUUACAGUUCAUGGAGGAACCUCCCCAACACUGAAUUUGAGCUUGAGAGACCACUCCCACCAAUUAAGAGUAAUCUGCAUUCCAAUCCAAAGAAAUUGGCUAAUGGAUCAGGGCUUAAUUUGUUAACUCAGCCAUCCAAUCACAGCAACGGGGAUGCAAUGGAUCUACUACCUGCGAAUGGCAAAAGGAAAAAGGAUUUCUUCCCUCACGGAAAUGAAGAUGAGUGUUUCCUGCAAGUAAAUCCUCCUUCCUAUCAAACUCCAGAUCUUGAAAUUCACCCAACUGAACCACAUUGGUUACAUGACUUUAGUGGGGUGAUGAGGGAUGUCUACGGGCCAGUAACAGCUGCAAAAAGCAUAUAUGAAGAUGAACAAGGUUACUUAAUCGUACUCAGUUUGCCAUUUGUAGAUCUUCAAAGGGUGAAAGUUUCCUGGCGAAACACGCUCACACAUGGUAUAAUAAAGGUGUCUUGUUUAAGCACAUCUCGUAUGCCAUUCAUCAACCGACAAAACAGAACUUUCAAGCUUGACGAAUCAUCCUCAGAACACUGCCCUCCAGGUGAAUUUGUCAGAGAAAUUCCUCUGUCAACAAGAAUCCCAGAAGAUGCCAAAAUUGAAGCGUACUACGACGAAUCAGGAACUGUGCUAGAGAUGUUGGUUCCAAAACUUUGCGAAGGACCUGAAGAACAUGAAGUUCGUGUCUGCCUCCGUCCUCACCUUGGAGGAAACGACCUCAUGUUGACCUAAGUGGAGAUGUACUGAUGCCUGUUAGGGGAAAGGGUGCUUCAGUAUGCACCAACUUAGUUUUCAUAUAUGAUGUGGUUUUAUGCAAUUGUAUGAUAUAUAUAUAUUCCAUUUGCACACACUAGAUGUUGUUGGUAGGUUUUCCCAGACUAGCUGUAGCUUCUGUUGCAACACUAUUUGCUAUGAUAUU